UUUAUUUUUUUCAACAAAUCUGAAUUGGGAUUAAUUGCAUAUUUUGUCAUUGUGAGCACACAAUGGCGAAUUCAAAUGACAAUUCGAGAGUUUAUUGGUCAGACGAAGUGAUAAAUUUCCUUAUUGGAUCCAUUCGCAAUGCUCCUUAUAUGUGGGACAAAUCCAACAAGGACUAUAGUACGCGGUACUUGAAGCACAACUUUUGGAAAAACUUAAGGUGGACUUUGCUGAAAAGAUUCAAGUUUCGCGCCUAUACAAAUGAACUGACCCGAAAAUGGCACAAUCUAACAAGCUAUUACCGCGUACAGCAGAAGGCAAUCGUGGAUGCAAAUGCGCGAGGAGCGCCUCCUGAAGAAAUGCGAGCAUUAGAAGGCUGGAAGUUCCUGCAUCAACUUCAAUUUCUGCCUUACAGCUUGCAUGACAAAAGCACGGAAAAUGCAUACGAUUGCAACACCUGGGAUGACUCUGAUGCGCGAAGCUCUAUGGCCACCGGGGAGGACAACCAAUACGGAAAUAAUCCUGAAAGCCUGUUCACUCCAAAGGUAGAACUAAGGCUAAGAGAUCCCAAGAAAUUUGCUAUUGAGGAGUUCAAUGUUCCUGCAAUUAACGAGCCAGAAGUUGAAGAGAUAACUCCUAUCUCAUUGGAGCCCCGUAUCGCAAUGGACAAUACUCACAAUUCUCCUAAUUUUCACUAUGGCAUGGCGUUUGCCCAAGAUAUUUACGAGCUAGAUGAUAAUUUGAAGAUUGAUGCCAAAUUGGAAAUUAUGAAAGUCUUUGUCAAGUAUCAGAAGCUACAGCUCCAUCAAACAGUCAUGAGCCUAGCGGACAGCAAAAAAGUAAAUACAAGAGUAAUUGAAUUCCUAGGUACUUAA